CUCAGCAUCGGACCACCACUUCUUGCUCUUCUGAACGCCACCGGCUAUCCCUCUCCGCUCUCCUCGUCGUCGUCGUCGUCGUCGCUGUGUGUAUCACACAGCAAGACUUUCCCGAGGAAGACACGAGACGAGACGAGUAGGUCUCCUGCAAUAUAGUCCAUCUGAACAGCGCGUCCCGGUCUUUCUAGUUUCAGACAACCUGCAGCGGCUGGAGCAAGGUCCUGUUCGUGUAGAAGGACUUUGACCGUUUUUUAAUCAUCUCCCUGUGUUCGGAAGCGGCAUUCUUGGCAGGCGGCAAAGAUGAGCAACCGCGCAGUGUCCUCGACGUACCGACUCGUCAUCGACGAUGUCAUUGCCAAUGUCCGGCAAGACUUUGAGGACAUGGGCAUCGAGCGUGAGGUUCUCGAGGAGCUUCAGAGGAGCUGGGAGGCAAAGAUCGUGGCGACUGGCGUUGCGGACUUUGAUGGCGCUGGACCCGCUGCACCGAGACGCCAAAGGGAGCAGCAGCAGCAGCAGUCGGAUACCCCAAAGGUCAAGCAGGAAGAUGACGAUGGGCUGCACCAGUCGCAGUCAUCGCAGCAGGCUUCGUCUUCGUCGUCCAACAAGGUGGCACGCACCAAUGGCUCGACGAGCGUCAAGGACGGUACUGCUGGAGAGGGCAGCAGCGGCAAUGGCAAGUCCAGAGACAAGGGCACAUCCAACGGAGAUGGCGCAGAUGGCGCAGAAGGGGAGGGAGGCAAGCGCAAGCGUCCAGCCGAUGAUGAUGAGAUUGGAAGCGACCUUGAUGACUCUGACGACGAAGACUUUGAUGGCGCGCUGGACGGAGACGGAGACAUGAUCCUGUGCCUGUACGACAAGGUGCAGCGGGUGCGCAACAAGUGGAAAUGCGUACUCAAGGACGGUGUCGCCUCCAUCGACGGUCGUGACUACGUCUUUUCCAAGCUCGGCUCCGAGCUGGAGUGGUAGCCUUGUCCUCUUUUCCAUUCGUCCCUACGCUGCCAUGCACCUACCCAUGUACUUUUACCUUUCAUCUCACUCCAUCCACGGCCCUCGCCUCAUGUCAUACACACUUCCACACGCUAAAUACAAUUGCAUACGGUCUCCUACUCCA